AAGAGUCGUUUGCAGUAUGCCAGUUACCGUGAAAAGAUCUUCAUCUUGAAGGGCAUCGGUAAUUUCGGUCACAGAGAUUUUUACCAACCUCUUUUGGAAAUUAUCAAGGACAACAGGAACUCUCUGGAAUUACGCGUCACAGCUGUGUAUGCUCUACGAAGAAUCGCUCCGAAAAUUUCACAAAAGGUAUUGCCAGUGUUGCUAGAGAUCUUCCGUCAACCAAACAACGACGCCGAACUGCGCAUGGCUUGUUUUGUGAUCAUCUGCGACUGCAAACCUGGUCCAGCGGUGUUCAACUUGGUAGUCAAGCAGCUCUAUUACGAGCGCACCAAUCAAGUGCGAUCUUUUGUGGUGUCUUACAUCAAGGGGAUGGCUUUCUCUAGAUACCCAUGUGACGAAAAAAUGGCUCAAACCGCACGAAUCGCUCUCCGAAUCGCCCUUCGAGCGCUUAAGAGAUACAAGAUAAACCCAGUGAACUCCAAAUGGCUCCACUUUGGCGACUUCUCCGAUCUUCUCCAGAUGGGAAGUUCAGUUGAUCUUCGCAUGAUUUCCACGCCAUCAAGCUUCAUCCCGAGAGCUAUCAACUCUAAAGUCAAACUACACACCGGUAUGCUUGGAAAAUCUCUGAAUCUGUUCGAGACUGGCAUCCGUGGUGAGGGAAUCCAAGAGCUGCUCCAACGUGUCAUGGGACCAAGAGGACACUACAGCGAAGAUAAGAGUCUGUUUGGCUUGCUCAGACCGAAACGAAGCUUAGACAAGAGUCUGAAUGGGAAAGAAAUCAAGGAAAUCCAAUACCAGCUGCCAACCGCUGAACAUGAAGAGGAGAAAGCCAAAGGUUCCUUCUACUUCAAAGUUUUUGGAAAAGAACUGUUCUAUAAUUAUUUCACCUAUGAUGACGUCAAAGAGUUAAUCGAAGAUGGAGUCAUCAGAGUUAGCAACGAUCUGAAGGACCUGCUGAAGAAAGGUAAAAGAUGGAAUAUCUCCAAAAUCCUCCGUCCAAUUGAAGUGAAGAUACGCCAGCCCUCGUGUGCCGGUCUGCCCCUGGAUUUCUCUGUGGACAGCGUUUUGUUCCUGCGUUUGAACACCACGGUCAAAGCUGAGGUUCAACCCCGAUUCUUCAUUCCUCUUCCCGAUCAAGUCACUCUUAGUGGAAAAUUGAACAUUAGUGUUCUUCAUUCCCUUUGGGGAAAAAUGAAAGUAUCUCUGCCUCAGUUGGAGACUGGUAGCAAGCUAACGAUCCACACCAAUAUCACUACUGGAUUAGGUGGCAGAUUCCAGUACAACAUCAGAAAUCAAAGCUACACCACAGAAAUGGACUUGCCACAAGAGAGACAGGAGAUUUUAUCAACUAACAAGGCGAGCAACACCUGGCUGAUGUACAGGAAACCUGUCACAGGUUCCAAGAGUUGGUCUUCAAUCUACAGGAGCACAGAGCUGGACGGAUUUGAGAUCGGAGAAGUUACUGAGAUUGCCAGGGGACAUCAUCAUCAUCGUUAUGCCAACUGGACUCUGAAGGCAGGCAAUGGAAAAUACCUGUCUGUGAAUGAGCACAAUGAACUCGUCUUAAGCGAGCUACCUACUGUCUUCAAAGUCUACUUUAUCGACGGAAAUCAUCAAUUUGUGAAACUUUUUGUCACCGGAAAGGGAUUCGUUAAGGUGAGGCCCAAUUCCCAAGGGUGUUUAGAGACUGUGCAUGAUAAUCGCUACCCCAAGCUCUUCAAGAUCACAUUCGUGAAUGGUCGCCGUCAUGUUCGCCUCGCGACAGUUGUGUAUAUUCACAAAGAUGCAUCCAAGAACCCUGUGGAAUGGACCCGCGCAACCGUCCCUAUGAACACGGAUCAAGUCACGUUAUUCCAACACAUGAUCGAAGAUAUUGAGCCACAGAAGGGAUAUGAGGAGAAAUGGCGCUAUAUCAGUGACUUGCCCUUGAAUUCGCCUUCGCAUAAUGCUGAGAAGAGUGACGGACUGCAUCCGCGUCAUAUGAAAAUCGUCUUUGUUACACCUGUGGGAAGCAAGCUUUGUUUGAGGCCGAGCCAAACCAAAGAAUCUGUGCUCUCUGUAAAGAGGCAUCACACAAACUCGAGCGAACUGUGCUAUGGCAAACAAAUGCUUGGUUUUGAUGUGUGCUUGAGUGGCAGAUACAUAAUGCCACACAUUCCCCAUCCUCCUGCUUUCCCGUUCAGCGGUCCAGCCAGGCUCAACAUCUUCGUUCAACCAAGCAGAGAUCCAGCUCAGAAAAUCCAGCUUAAGUUUGGCAAAGGAGACAGAUUCAAUGAACACCUAAAGACAUGGAAGGCCGGAAUUUACCUUCAAGGCACAAACCCUGAGAAAAAAAUUGAGGCUGACGUCAGUUAUGACGUCGACAAUCAGAGGACUGACGUCACCGUCGAUAUCCACAACAUGUACCCAUGGCUAAGGAAAGUUUGCAUUGUCAACCAAGUGACCAGUAAUGAUACAGUGGAGUUCGACUUGAGAUUUGGUGAAAAUUGCCUCAAUGAUUAUGAAGUGCAGACCCGUAUCUCCAUCAAAGAACCAAGCCGCAGACAACUGAACAUCGUGACUUCUUACAACAAACUGCCAGAACCAGUGCUAAUGAUGUGCUACAAACUUCUGAAAAAGUUUUCUCAGCGCUAUUAUCACAGGCUCAGCGAUUGGGAAUUUGCUAGGAACGAGCCGAACAAAGUCGAAUUUGUUGUGAAAUUUAAAACUGACCAACUUGUUGAUCUUGAACUCAACACACCUUCUCAUGUGAUGACAAUGGAAGACGUCGAGUUCAAGAGCCAAGGUUUUCUUCCUCGGGGAUCCAAUUACUACAACACAUUUACGCAUGUGUCUACACCGGUUUGCACCGUGGAGCAGGACACUUUGAAAACCUUUGAUGACGUCGAGAUCCAACAUACGUUACCAGACAGGUGCAUGCACGUGCUGGCCAAAGACUGCACAAAGAACACCUCCUUCAUAGUACUCAUGUCCAAAGACACUCGACAUCCUGAUAAGAAGAUCAUUGAAAUAUUAGUGGAGCAGGAAAAGAUACGAAUAGCACAUUUGGGAAGCGCAGGAUAUCAGAUUCAGGUCAACGGAAAAAUCAAUCUAAAUCGGCCGAUCCGCCACAAGAACAUCGCCACCAUAAUCGAAGAACCAGCAAGCGACAAACUUCAUGUUUUGUGCGAUAUUGGUCUUCAAGUAGAGAUCGUGCGUGGAAGCAAAAUUAGUAUCCGUGUAUCGCGAUACUAUUUCGACCGUACUUGUGGCAUGUGUGGUGACUGUAAUGCAGAACAGUUCCGUGACCUGAAAACCCCACAAGGCAAAGUAUUCACCGACUCUGAUAAUCUGAUGUAUGGUCGUAUGUGGAUGGUGACCAUGAAUAAUUGCAAAGCUGGAUGUAACCUCAAGAAAGAGUACCUCAAGGUUGACAGAACCAUCAACGGUGAGAGCCACGAUUGCUACCCCACUAGCCCAGUCCUCCGCUGUCAUAAUGGUUGCCAGGCUACCAAAACCAGGAUGACAUCAUUCCCUAUGACUUGCGUGGAGACUGGAACUAAGGAAUCACAGAAAAUAUCGGCUAACUUGGGAAAACCCAGUUUCGAUUUGACCGGAAGUGUCGUGUACUUCAGGGAAAAUCUGGAAGAGGAAACAGAGUGCAACUGCAGUAGCUGUCAGUAGUGAGCACCCAUUCUCAAGGGAAUUUGACCAAGUUACCAGGAAGUGAAACGGACCGUUACUAAGGACUGAUUUUAAGGCUAUCGCACAUUUAAUUUUUUUUUAUUGAUUACUAGGAAAGAAAUUGCUCAAUAACCUCGUGAGAUUAAAACAUUAAAAAGUUUUGUUGCAUUUUUUCCCCUUCAAAUGGCAGUUCUUUAUAUCAGUUUUAAAUAGUUGCAGCAAUGUUUCUCUUUUAUAAAGAGUAAACAGACCUUAAGAGAAUUAUGUAUUUGAUAACACUUGAGUUGUAGAUUUAUUUUGCGCUCUUCGUAACUUACAUUUCUGUUCAAGUGUUAGUUUCUCUCUAUCUCUGUUUUUUUCGUUAUGUUUUUGGGUUUUUUUUUUGCAAGUUUUAAAGUAUACCAAUAAGCAAUCAAUAGGGUGCCGAUAAUAAAUAAAAUAAAACAUGAAUUUG